CAACCUUCGCCUUCUGAUUAACUUGGCACGUGUUUCUUUGUAGCGGUGUUCAUAGUCAAUUUCGACUCGACGCCACGCUACAAUCUAGCGCUUUCUGAGCUUUCUUAUAAUCCUUUUACUUAAAACAGGGAUUUUCGCCAUAUUACUCUGAUUUAAGACCUCUAUCCGUCUCCCUCGUAAUUAUACUAUAAAUACUGGUGGCAACGUUAUUACUGUACAUGCUACUCAACAGACCUACAACCACUACUGUUCUUAUGAGAGUAAUGAUUAUAAUGACAAUAAUAAUAAUAAUUGUUAUAGAAAAUCUGCCUCAUUUUUACUCUUGUCACAUACACUCACCCUUCUGUCUAUGAACUUUAAUUUAUUUAUUCUCUUGUUCAACUUAUUGAUGGUAUUUUUUCACCCUAAUUUUUACUCAACUGCGUUCUAAUUUCAGACUUUUCACUUUUCAACCAACCAUUCUCCUGACCUGUAACGCGAUUUGCUAUGGCUUGAGCGGCUGUACUGUCUCACAAAAAUGAGUCUACUUAGUCACGAUGUGUCAAGCAAUAAGUGCCUGUUGAGUUCACUAAGAUAAUUGCAACUGAGUGGUUGGAAUACUUUCAGUGAGCGCUACCAAGGCCCUGUAAUCGUGCCGCAACAACAGAAACGGAACAAAAUAUGAUCAUCCGAUCCAUAAUAGCUUCUUAUAAAAAAAUUUCAGAUACAAGCUGGUUAUGAACAACAAGUUUUACAUGACGGUCAUUAUGACAACGCGUCGCACAUAUUUGAAUAUUUAACUGAACAUCAAGGUACUUUGUGGACGGAAAACAGUGAACGAAAUUGAAUACCAGGAUCUUGUUAUGCAGGCACGGACUGGCGGUGCUUUUCUAUGAGUUCAAAACUAUACGAUUUCCAAAUCUCAGAAUUUAUAUAAAGCCUAAUGACAACGGAAACACUGAAAGAGGAGGAUAUCGGUAAUUGCGAAUACAGUGAAAAGAUAUCUGAGGAAAAGAUCUCAAUUGAAGAUACCGAUGAUGAUGAUGAUUAUAAAUUAACUUUAAAAAAUCUUUGGGGUACAGAUAUAGCUAAUUAUUUUUUAAAUCCAAAUUUUCAAAAAACCACAAAAAUUAAAUCAAUUACCAAUCAAUCAAUUGCAAAUCAAUCAAUAAAUGAUAAUCUUUUCAUUGGCGGUUAUCCAAAUGGUAUGUUACAUGGUGCUCGUAUACCAUUUCAUUAUAAAUUAAAAUCAUGGUUAUUUGAUUUAAAACAAAUUAAUAUGAAUCAAUCAAUUGAUAAUCGAAAAUCCAUAAAAUCGAUCAAAUCAAUGAAAUCAAUGAAAUCAAUAAAAUGUCCUAUUAUUUCUCAUUUACCAACUAGAACAAAUAGUAUAUUUAAUUUAAUUGAUUUAUUAAAAUAUCAUAUAGGAACAAAUUAUAGUGCACAAUAUUUAUGGAAUUUAUUAAGAUAUAAAUCAUAUGAACAAUUAAUUAAUUAUGAAAAACAAUUAACUAAUGAAGAACAAAUUACAUAUAGUGCAUUUACACAUGAUUAUGUAUUAAAGGGAAAAGAAAAGCCACCUUUAUGUGAUUUCAUUCGUGAAAAUCCAUCAAAUUCAUUAAUGAAUAUCAUGAAACAAUUAAAAUCACCAUCAAUUGAAAAACAAUUACGUAAAAUGAAUUUAUCCGUAUCAUGGGCUGAUAGAAAUCAAGAUCAAUUUCGUAUGAUCUCAUUUCAACAAAAUUUAAAAGAUGCAAUCAAAUCCAUUGAAAAUAAUCAGUUCACAUCUUCAUUAUUGAAUCAUCAUCAGCUAAAAAUAAAACAUGAAUUGGAUUCGAACUUAAAAUUGAAUGAUCAACAAGUUGAUCAAUUAAUGUCAUUCUAUCCUACGUUGAAAAAUAAACAAAAUGAAACAUUCAUUGAUAAUGAUAUUCAACCAUUAGAAAAUUACUUUCCAGACUACUCUAAAAUACAAGAUUCCAUCAAGAAAGUAUCAAAAUUACCUAAUAGUGAAACUAUGACAAAGAAGUCGACCAAAUCAUUUGAUCAUUUAUCAUUUUGGCAUGCAAAUCAAUCAAUCAAGUCUCCAAAUAAAACUGAAAUACAAUAUCAAUCUAUAAACAAUAAACAAGAGAAAACUUCAUAUCAACUUAAAUCUUUAAGAAAACCAUCUAAUAUUUCAAUAUCUACUUCAUCAGUUGACAAGAAAUUACAACCUCUUUGUUGGUCUGAUCUACUUGAAACCAAUAAACAAAGAGAUUAUUCUAAACACAUUAGUGGAUUAUAUUCAUCAUUAUCUAAUGAGAAUUCAAGAAAUAAUUCAAUGGAUUGUUCAUUUAUAAAGAAAACAUUAUGGAAACCAGCUAAAGCAAUUGUAUCAUAACUUUAUAAUAUCACAUUGUCUUCAUCAUCAUCUUCUUCUUCAUCGUUGUCAACACUGUCAGGAUACUUUAACUUGGUGAAUUAUCUUUGUUUUUUUUAUAUUAUUCAGAAUUCCAAAGAUAACAAAGAGUUAUUAGAAAAAAAUAACACUGAAUGGUUGUUUCGUUCUAGUAUGGGACUACUAAGCAAAGUGCAUAUGAAACAGUAUCAUACAAGGAAUUGAAACCAAGACUUAUGGUAUCGUACAUGAAUGCUUAAACACUAGACUAUUGAGCCGGCGUACAUUAGUGUAUACAUUCCAAAUUUUAGUUAGUUCAUGAUAUUGUAUGACUGUUUUCGUCCUCGUAUUGUGUAAAUCUUAUUUUCCAACUAUUCUAAGUAUUGUCACAUACUUACUUACUUACGCCUGUUACUCCUCUUGAAAGAACAUAGGCCGCUCAUCAGCAUUCUCCAUCCAACACUGUCCUGGGCAAUCCUUUUCAGCUCCUUCCAGUAGUUACUCAUCCUUCUAUUUCCCAACGUAAUGUGUUCUUUGGCCUUCCUCUUUUCCACCUUCAUUCAGGAUUCCAAGUUAGGGCUUGCCUUGUGAUGCAGUUUGACGAUUUGCGUAGGGUAUGUCCUAUCCAUUUCCAUCGUCUUUUCCUAAUUUCCUCUUCACCUGGAAGCUGGUUUGUUCUCUCCCACAAAAGGCUGUUGCUGAUGGUAUCCGGUCAAUGGAUGUUGAGUAUCCUGCGUAGACAGCUAUUUAUAAAUACUUGUACCUUCUUGAUGGUGGUUGUUGUAGUUCUCCAAGUUUCAGCUCCUUACAGCAGAACUGCCUUGACGUUGAUAUUGAAGAUUCUGACUCUGAUAUUGGUUGACAGACAGUUGUUUUGAGUUCCAUAUGUUGUCCAGUUGUAGGAAUUCUGCCCUUGCUUUAUCAAUUCUCGCCUUUACGUCUGCAUCUGAACCUCCUUGUUCAUCGAUUAUGCUUCCCAGGUGCGUGAAAUAUUCCACAUCUUCCAUAGUUUCUCCAUCAAGUGUGAUUGGGUUGGGGUUCUCUGUAUUGUAUUUGAGGGUCUUGCUCUUUCCUUUGUGUAUGUUGAAGCCUAUAUUUCUUUUAUAACCUUAUAAAAACGCUGAUUGGAAGAAUCACCUUCAACAUUUUUAUGGAUCAUAAAUACAUUUUAAAGGAAUUAUCAUAGACUCUUAACAGAAUAAAUGGUCUUUUUUCUCACCAAAUUAACAUGAGGUUAAACAAUUCAAAGAGCAAAUCGAUUGUUUACUUAUAACAGUUAAAUCUGAUCACGCCUUUUCGACCAGAUGUGCCUCAGUAAGCCCAAUGAACUAUUUGAUUAUUCGUGUACUUGCUGUAAUUUAAACAUUUGAUCCACUGUGUAAAAUUAUAUGUGAGUCUGAUUGAGCGCAUGUCUGCAUAGCAAUCUUUAUGUAUUCUUGAUUAUGAUCAUGGAUCGAUCAACGUUAGACCACCAUCGAAAUUCUGAAAGCACUGGACGGCCGUCUCAUCCUAAUAUAAGACUACUCAGUGAGCAUCCACAACACCGCAUGAGGAAUUCGAACCCAGGUCUUUGGGUCUGGAGCGGUUUUAAACACAGUCAAUCAAUAACUUACCCACAAUCGAUUAAUACUCAUAAAGAUAUAUAGAUUUUUUUACAGUCACACACACUCGCUUCCCUAUGUGUUUGCUUUCUCCAUGAUUCCGAAGUUUUACUAAUUAUUAACAAUUUACUAUCUCUACAAAUAGUGUUCUCACUUUUGAAUAAUCUCAAGUGAACUCCUAAUACUACUAGGAGAUUUGACUUGUGUCAAAUACACAGUUAACGGGAUACUAUUUAUUGGAGUUAGAUGUAGAGGAAAUUAGCCUCUAUAGGUUAAAUACAUCUUUGUAUAUUCAACUAAAUGCAUAUGGAUAUGAACAAAUAUGACAUAAUCUAGUAAUUUAACUAAUAUAUAUGCACAUUUGUGCAUCGGUACAAGUUGCCAUAUCUCAUUAGCACAAUAAGAUGGAUACCGAAUUUAUAGGAGAAGGUAAUUCAAUAGUGGUAAUAUAUAAAAGAAAGACUGAAUAUUAGAAUAUAGUACAGGAAGAAAGAAUUAGUACGUAGAGACAUAUGAAGCGAUUUUAAUCUCAUAGUUUAAGGGAAGACAAAGAGUGUAUACACUGACACCAUUGUGAUCGAUUCCGAGUCAUAUUGCGGUGCGUGCUACUUAUAUUGAUAUAAGUAAUAUAUAACGCGAGUUAAAGAACGUAAUGUCUGGCAGCAGAAGAUGGGGGAAGAUCAAGAAAGGAAGAGCGAGAACACAAUGGAAUUUGUAAGAAACCGCAUGAACAAUGAAAUGUGAGACAGUGGAUUGAUGUUUGCAACGGCAACAGUCCGGUUUGAUAUGAUGAAAUGAUAUUUUGCAAAUUAACGAUUUACUAUUUGGUUUUUCUAUUUUACCAAGAAACUCUGUAAUUUUGUGCUAACCGUAUAUUCGGUUGUCCCUGCCUGCGUUUUGUUCACUACGAUAUCACCUACAGUGUCCAACCAUUGGGUACGAUAGUCACACGUACCCCAACCAGGCAGUCUGCAUCUACCAACAUGGCUCAGACUAGAAGUUAGUGACUUCAAGGAUUGGUGCGACGUUUUUUGUUUGGCCACCCCUAACUUUAUUCCAUCCGUCUCUAACACUAGUCAGCAUUGUGAAUCGUGGUAAUCAGUGUUUAGGUAUAUGUAACACGUAACCCAACCAUCUUAUUCGAUGAAGAUUCACAACCUCAUCAACUGAUUUAUCGUCAUUCCCUAACACCCUGAAUGUAACCUCACUUUUGCUUACCCAAUGAUCCCAUCAGAUGUGAGCAAUAUUUCUAAGACAUCUGUGAUCAAUUCCCAGUAACUUACAAGUAUCUUCUACUCUUAAUAGUUAUGUUUCACGAUCGUAAAUAAUACUCAAUAAUCAAUUCAUAUGAUUCCUAACUAUCUUCUAUUGAAUAGUUUUACAUAUUUAACCUACCACAGUUAUGAUAAUGAUGAUAAAUCUUCAAAAAAAAAGAGAAAACUCCCUAGCGCACUAGGUAGUAGACUAGGUAACAUGUAGACAUCUUAUGUUAAAAAGAAAGAAAGAAAAAAGAAAAACACCAGUGACAGUAGGAGUGAGUAGUUAGGCUAAGAUUACUAGAAAACAAACGAUGGAACUCCUAAAUAGAGUUUAAAAAAUUUACGGCGUCAGACUGAAAACGAACCAAAACAGACAUCCAUCUUCAUAUUAGUUUUGUUAUUAAUAUACUAUACUAAUAUAAUAAUAGUCUACUAUGGAAGAGAAAAAACCAGAUUGCAAUGGGGGAGGAAAUCAGGAAGAAGUACUGGUAGUGUAUAGGAUACAUAAUGAAGAAAGCAUCCAACUGUGUCAUAAGGCAAGCUCUCACUUGGAAUCCUUAAGGCCAAAGGAGAAGAGGAAGACCAUAGAACACAUUACACUGAGAAAUGGAAACAUAUAUGAGAAGAAUGAACAAUGAUUGGAUAGAAGUAGAAAGGAAGGCAGAGGACAGAUUGAAUUGUAGAAUGAUGGUCGGUGGCCUAUGCUCCUCCAUUGGGGGUAACAAGUGUAAGUAAGUAAGUAAGUAAUACAAUAAUAGGACUGGGGAGCUGCAAUUAUGAGAACGCGAUUAAUACACGAUACUUAGAUUGGAAUGCAUUAUACGAGAUAUAUAAAUCACAAACUAAAAUAGAAAAUUAGAGAAUAAGUUAGAUAAUAUUUGAUUUAAUACUAUUAAAGAACUGUCUAUACUUGAUGAAUUCAGAGUAAAAGUUAGUACUAGGAAGAAAGGAAUGAACAUUCAACUUAUUACCUACACUUAGCGCUGCUGGAUACUAAUAGCAACCUUGUUAGCGGAGAUCGGACUAAACCAUCCCACUUAUGCCUAACCUGGAUUAUUUGGUGUUCACUCUUCCGAACUUUAAAAAUCAUGUUGGUCUGCAGGAUAUACAUACGUAUGAAGAUUAAUUGUAUGAGUCUCGGCUUGUGUAGUUGUGUAGGUAGGUAUAUCCAAAAGAUAUGCAUUUGGCUCGCUAAUGGGAUGUUAACUGAAAUAUUUACCUUAUGUCUAAUUAAAUCAUCAGCCUAAACUAUCAUGUUAAAGACAUAAUAAAAAGAUAUGGUACGAUAUACUAGAAAGAAGUGACCAUUAACAUUCCCUGCGAGGGUGGGUAAACUUAUGUGCACGUCAUGAGAUACAUGGACGAAAGUCUUUGUACCAGUGAUGUGCAUGAAGUGUGUAAGAGACAAUCAAUUGUAGCAAAUACGUUUGAAGUAAGCAGUGGUCAUCUACUAUCCCAAGUGUGUGAAUAUAACUAUAAGUUUUCUAUAGGAUGAAUGAGUGAAUACUUAUGUGUUACCGGUAUGCAUGUAGUCUAUACUUGCCCCUGGUACGACGCCCGCGCCUUAAGACCUGGGAAUCGCAACAAUGUCCCCACGAAUAAACGUCCACGCGGUGAGUUUGUGAGUCUGGAAAAGAGGAUUCUAAUCCAGAUAACUCAAUCAACUUUACUGAAUAAGGAUUCACUAAAUUCAAAUGGCUGAAACACCACACUACAAAAUGAAAUCAUAUAUUUCAUAGUUAGCACCUCUCAGUCCAUGUUUAACGAUCAACCACAUCUUACUUUCACUACUAAACGUCGAGUUUUUGUCAAGAACAAUUGAAUGGCGCCACAUUAAUUCAAUAGCAUUAUAUAUACAUAUCAACAAACUUGAUAAUGACUAUAAGUGAUCCAAUACUUCUAAUUUUGCGUCAUGUUGUUUCGUUAUCAAUCAUUUAAAAUCAAAAAUCAGUAUUACAAACGUCAUAAGCAAAGAUGGACAGCGUAUAGCAGUGAAAUCCAGG